UUCCCUCUUCAAUUGUUUUGCCAGCCGCUUCUUCACAGCAGUUCUUCAUUUUUAUCUCCACUUUACUUGAAUGACUUCUUAGUCAAUGUAACAAAGCAUGUACUGACUACUCAUAAGAACCAAAAACUGCUCAACAAGUAUAUGGUGGAAUGCAAACAGCUAUCUCACAUGCUAAGAACUGAUGCCAUAUAGCUAGCUACUUUGAGCUGGAAAGAGGACAAGUCUUCAAGAUAUCUGAUUCUUUGAUAUGAGGAUUCGAAAAGCCGCGAAGAUUUCCCCUCUUCUAUUCACUUGUUCGUCUUCACUACUACAAAAUGAUUCAUUACCGGUUGAACCUUUUCAAAUGCACGUUUGUCAGCUUAACCAAUCUCCAUGGGAUGUCAUCCCCUUUCACUUUGACAAAUCCUCAAUCCAGUUCGAAGAUUCUCUAGCAGCUCUUGAUGAAAGUGUGGCUUCGAUGAUGGAAACUGACAUUGUUGAUAUUGAUAAUAAACCUGUGAUAGAAAAUUCUUCUAUCAUGGCGAUUGACAAUAAUCAACAAUGUGAUGGUAAUAAGAAGGUAGUUAAUAAUAAUGGUGGCUGCAACACAGGUUUGAAGAGAAACUCAAAUGGGGGAGGAGACAUUGAGGCGCCGCGGCGUGGUAGAGGCAGACCGAAGAAGGUAAAAGCGGAUUCAGCUUCAGGUUCGAAUAAUAAUGAAUUCUAUUUUUAUUCUGGGUUUGGUCCACCACGGGGGAAACGAAGAGGUGAUAAAAAUGAUGGUGAAGAUAACAAGAGUGUUGUAGCAUUAGGUACUAGUAGUCAUGAUGUUAAGGUUAAUGUUGGUGUUGAUAUUGUUCCUUGUUCUGAGGGAUUGAAUUAUUUUGAAGAUUAUGAGGAUGAAUAUGAUGAUGAUAAUGGGAAGAGGAGAAUGAGGAAACCCGUGAAAGAAAGGUCACUAAAAUCGUUAAUGUGAAAUGAAGCUAACAUGUUUCUAAGAAGAAUUAUUUAUAUUGGAUUGGUGUUCAAUGUUGUAUUCUUGCUCUUGUUCUUGUUGUUAUAAUUUUGGCGAUAUUUUGGGUGGAUUAUGAAUCUUUUUAUCCCCCAUCGAAUAUUUAGGUCUGUUGUAUGAAAUCUUUCAACCUUUAGGGAUAUUUUAGGGCGAUGUAAUUCCAAAUAUUAUGACCAGAAGAACUAAAAUUUUAGUAGGAGAGAAGUUAGCUAUACUGUGCUGAAAAUGUUCAUUUUUUUCCCCUUAA